CCCCUUGGGCGCAUCAUGGAGCCUGCUCCGGGGCUGCCUGGGUUGGAGGCCGGAACCCUACUUUCCGGGUGCUCCCGGAACUCUCGGUUCAGACCUAAACCCGGAAAGCAAUCCUCUCUUCCGCCCCUGGACCUCGGGUCGGGUGAGAACGCUGAUGAGGAGCUCGGAGUGGGCGGGCGCGCUCAACUGGGAGGGACCCGGAAGACACGGAGCCAGCCAGCCUAUGAAACACUGGGGCCCUGGGGAACUCCACCUACAGCCGGGGUCGGCUGGAGCUCCCGUAGAUCAGCGAGCCCUCGGCCUUUAGGCCGACGCGUCUCUGUUCCCCAAGGGACGAAGCUGUCUCUUGGAGACAGUGCCCCCUGGGGUACCCCGAGAAAAAGCCGGAUGAACCCAGAAGGGGAGGAGGAGGAAGAGGAGUGCGAGCCCGAGAAAGGGGGCCGUCUGUUCGCCGGACGCCUUCUGGACAGCCGUAGCCUAGAUGGACUGAGUGGGGCUUGCGGAGGCGGGGCGGCUCCGCUCGGGGGCCCGGAGCAGGGAGCUGGUGGGGGCCGCCGGGCCACCAUCUCCAGCGCCCUCGAGCUGGAGGGCACGGUCAGUCGGCACGGAGACCUCACCCACUUCGUGGCCAACAACCUGCAGCUCAAGAUCCGCCUGAGCGGGAAUCCGCAGCCGCAGCCGCAGCCGCCACUCUCGGCCCGGCCAGCCCCGGUCCCCGUAUCAUCCAUCCCGCCAAUAGAUCCGGAGGUGCUGCGAGACCUGGAGCGGCUAAGCCGGGACCUGGGUGCCCGCGUGGAACGGCUGCUUCGCGGGCUCGGCGGCGCAGUGCAGGAGCUGACGGCCCUGAGCGUGGGCUGCAUCCAGACCUAUAGAGACGCUGUGGACUCUCUGGGAGAAGCAGUGGAUAUGAGCAUCAAGGGCAUGUACACGCUGCUGGCUCGAUGCGAGGAGCUGGAGAGGGCUCUGCAACCAGUUCAAGGACUGGCCCGACAAGUCCGGGACAUCCGGCGUACCCUGGAAGUGCUGGAAGCUCUCUGCAAAUGACAGACUGGAGAGGGUUGGGAGCACUCUCACACUCAGGGAAGGGGUGAUUUGGUGUGUACGCUGGUGGGAUGAGACCACCGGUAUCUUGUCUCUAGUCUUGUACCCCCAACCUGAAACCUUUAGGGAGAACAUAUGAAUUGUCAGGGGGAAAAGAAAGAAAUCUCUCCCCCACCUUCUUUCUUGUGUCCAGUGAGUCUCCUCCCAUUCUAUGAGAUUUCUUGGCUGUGCGGAUAAGAGCCUCUUUGUUGUCCAGGGAAGCUUUCUUGUUGAGAGAGGGGGAGGUGUUUUCAUAAGAGAUCUAGGGUAGAUUCACUCCGUCCCGUCCUGACCCUAAUAGCUGCUCCUACCGAAUCCCGACCUGAGACACAAGGAGUGUUUUCGGACCAGGUUUGAAUGUUAGAAGAAAGGACUUCAGCUCCAGCUGUGACCACCAUAUUGUGGCAUCUGCUACUGGAGGGCUAACUGAUAGCUGGUGAAAAGUAGUGUCUUCAAAUGAACUUUACUAAUGGCAAGGAAUGCCCCAGUCUUUCCCCAGUUCCCCAAAAUUUUGUCUUCACCCACAUAAGGUGUGCUUCUAGUAAGGGUGAAGAGUAGGAGCUCAGUAAACUAAAUUCUGAAUAUUUGAGUUCCUGAAGGGAGUAAGUGCUAGCUUCAUUCCUUGUAGGAUUCAUAAAAGAAUUGUUGAUAGUUUUGAAACUGUUGUGAAUCUGAUCUUGGCCUAUAAGCCACCAUUUUUGACUUUCUGAGUUGUGUGGAAUUAAAAUGCUGCUACUGCUAAACUA